AUGCAAUGCGUUCUCGAAGAGCACCUUCUACUCGGAGAAAGUCGAAUUCUUCAAACGAAACCAACAGUUGACUCGAUUUUGGAUGCCUGUGUGGAAUAUCAAAAAAGUGAGGGUGCCGAUGAUUUGGAAAUAAUCAAAUGGAUGCGAAGGCAACAGGAUAAGCCACUAGUUGCGGAAUUCGCCUAUUGGUAUAUGAUAGCCUAUGAUCAAGAGAAUGGAAGGGAGGAUGUCGGAUAG